AUCAUUACCUGAAGCACCUAUAUAUUAUUAUUAUUAUAUAUAUAUAUUCUUAUAUCUUUAUACAUAUACCAUAAAAUGACAAACAGCAUUACAGUCAAAUGGGGAAAACGACAUUUCAAAAUUGAAUUUGAUGAUUACGAACAGCAAUUAGAAGACACAACUGUAGGCGACUUGAAACAAAGGUGUCAUCGGCUGACAGGAAUCAAUACUACUGAAAUAUCUCUGUCUGCUUAUGGAGCUGUAAUGAACAAUGACAAACUUCCUCUUGGUGCCUACAGUAUUCGUCCUGGGUCCAAGGUCAUUAUGAAGGUCCACAAAAAGCCUAGUGAUACACUGCCUGAUCCAAUUGCUCCGAUCAGUUCAAACGAAGCAGCUACAUUGGCUAAACUUCAAGCCAUUCAAACCAGACUUUCAAGCCAACUAAUUCCCGAUAUUAACGCGUAUGAGGAGCGUGUAAAAGCCUUUGGGGUUCAGUCUGGUGACGAAAAGGCAAAAAAGAAACUUUUGGAGCAUGGAAUUUAUCUAGGCGAACAAUUGAUGCAAAUCUUGUUCCAGCUUGACGGUGUUAUGAUUGAGCCUGGGUUUGAGACCGCUCGACAGGCACGAAAGAAUGGAGUAAAAACAGCCCAGACCCUGUUGGAUCGUUUAGAUGGGAUUAAGGGUUCAACAAAAAACUUUGUUUAAAGAAAAGAAAGAACCUGACAUUCGGACAAUUGUUUAUUGAUAAAAAAUUGGUAGAUAAAUAUGAAUAUAUAAGUAUAAGUAUAAAUGUAAAUGUAACUAUAAAUAUAUGAAUAUAUCUACAGGCACACACACGCACGCACAUGUAAGAAAAUAAUAAAAGGGAAGAAAAAGAGUAAUAUUUAUGGAAAAAGAACUUCAUCUUGGCCUGAGCCAGUAAAAUCAAAAUCAAAGUCAAAGUCAAGAAAAUUAUUACGAGGAGAGCUAGGAGGGGAAAGAAGUAUAGAAGGUUGUAAGAAAUGGUUUUCGAAUUCGGCCAGGACUUGGUCUUCAUCAAGUAUUUGUGCGGGUGUAGAGGAUUGUGUGUCGGAAACGGUGUAGGUAGAUAGCGAUGUUGUGGGAAUGGGUCCAAAGAGGUCGAAAGUAAGAGAGUUAUCCAUGUCAGGUUUUGUAUUUUGUGUAGAGGCACGAUGAGGGGAUCGUUGCCGUGGACGAUGAUAAGGAUGACUUUUGUGUUGCCGAGCGCGUCUGUGUAAGGUUCUGUGUCCAGGGGAAGGUGUAGAGUUGUCCGGGUAGGUUGGUCUGUCGUUGUAAUCAGAAGAGCAAGAUGUAGAGGUUGUAUGAAAUGCUUUUAGGGUGGAAGUUCUGGAUCGGCCAGGGUAAAAGACGACAGGGCUGGUGUUUUCCUGGACGUGUGACUCGAAAUCCAUGGAGUUUUUGGAUGGCUGGCCCUUUGGUUUGGAUGAUCUCUCUUCAAUGGGCGGGAGAAGGGGGAACAGUGAUGAGGAGUGUGAAUAAUAUUCAUUGUUUUGAGGGAAGAAAGCACCGGAAAGAGGCGUGGAAGAAAUUGUUGGCUUUUGAAGGCGGGGUAUUUGGGAAAGGGCCUGUAGAGCAAGAAGUGUAUCACUUGUUACUCUUGCUUCGAGUUGCUCUUGUAUUUAUCGCUGAUUUACAGCAAUGCGAGCAAGCAAAAGAGAAAAU